AUUUGUAUUUUUACAGUAUACAAUAGUGUUGUGAGAGAAAUUAUAGUCCCCCUGCCAGAUGCGCGUGCAGAAAUCAUCUGGUCCUUGAGUGUGCUGUGGAGUACAGAUAAAGGACACACACCCACAUUAGUCUGUCCUUGAGACACAAAUUGCAGAUAAGUGAGGCCGCCAAAGAAACAGUCAGAAAAUACACCCAAAUUCUAGCUGUAUAAUCCCGUCUGCAACAAUAACCAGUGAUGGCCGACCAGCGGCAUCAGCAAGGAAACCCGCUGCGGAAUAAGCGCUACCAAGGCUGCCUCCCCAAUGGGAAAGAAUCAACCAAAGACGGCCUGCAUGCCAGGGGACAGUGGGCUAACAAGGCUGAGUUCCUCCUGGCCGUGGCGGGGCAGAUCAUCGGCCUGGGCAACGUCUGGAGGUUUCCUUACCUCUGCUACAAGAACGGAGGAGGUGUGUUCUUCGUACCCUACCUGUUGUUCCUGGUGCUGUGCGGCAUCCCCCUGUUCCUCUUGGAGACCUCACUGGGACAGUACACCAGCAUGGGAGGGGUCAGCGCCUGGAGGACUAUCUGCCCAUUAUUUGGAGGUCUCGGCUACGCCAGUCAGGUGAUGAUACUGCAUGGCUGCGUGUACUACAUCGUCAUCCUGGCCUGGGCUCUCUUCUACCUGACCUACAGCUUCGAGGCAGAGCUGCCCUGGUCACACUGUAACAACACAUGGAACACUGAGGCGUGUGUCCUGUUUGACCGCCACAACCAGACAGCCAAUGUGAGCAGCCUGCCUGAGAACGCCACCUCCCCUGUCAUAGAGUUUUGGGAGCGGGAAGUGCUUCGUCUCUCCAGCAGUUUAGACGAGCUGGGUCCAAUCAGUUGGAAGCUCGCUCUGUGUCUCGCCAUCAUCUGGUUCGUGUGUUACUUCUGUGUCUGGAAGGGAGUCAAGUCCACCGGAAAGGUGGUGUACCUGACAGCCACCUUCCCAUAUGUCAUGCUGUUUGUGCUGCUGGUGCGCGGGGCCACCCUGCCCGGAGCGACCCAGGGCAUCAUCUACUACCUCAAGCCUAACCACACCCGCCUGGCAGACCCCCAGGUAUGGAUGGAUGCAGGUACCCAGGUGUUUUUCUCAUAUGGAAUCUGUUUGGGAAGUCUCACGGCCCUCGGCAGUUACAACAAAUACAACAACGACUGCUACAAGGACUCCUUCCUUCUGUGCCUCCUGAACAGCGCCACCAGUUUCGUGGCGGGUUUCGCCAUCUUCUCGGUGCUGGGCUUCAUGGCUGAGGAGCAGGGCGUGGACAUAGCCACCGUGGCCCAGUCAGGACCUGGCCUUGCCUUCAUUGCCUACCCGAGAGCUGUCGCCAUGAUGCCUGUACCCCAACUGUGGGCCAUCUGCUUCUUCCUCAUGAUCAUCAUGCUGGGGCUGGACACUCAGUUUGUGAGCCUGGAGGCCCUGAUGACGUCCGUGACUGACCUGUACCCCCAUCUGAUCCGCCGGGGCCACCGCAGGGAGCUGCUGCUGCUCUUCGUCUGCAUCGUCUGCUUCCUGCUCGGACUGGUCAUGGUCACGCCGGGGGGGCUGUAUGUGUUCCAGAUCUACGACCAUUUCUCCUGCAGUGGAGCCAGCCUGCUGCUUCUCUCCAUCUUCCAGUCUCUGGCCAUCGGCUGGGUCUACGGUACUCAACUCCUCUUUUCUUUCUUUCAUUCUUCUCCUGUACUCCCCUUUCAUUUCCCUUCUUCCUCUCCUCCCCACCUUCUCUUUUCAUUUCCUUUCUUUCCCACCAUUGCUUUUCCUCCUCUCCUCUCAUUAUUUCCUUUCAUCCUCUUAGUUUUCAUCUUUCCUCUCCUUUCCUCUUUCCUCUCAUUUCGUUCCCUUUCCUUUUUUUCCAUUUCCUUGCGCCCUCUCCCAUACUUUCCUUUUUUUCAAUCUCCCCUCCACCUUUUCCUCUCCUCCACAGCCUCACAGGUUCUCUUUUGUCUUUGCUGUCUUUUCUUUAAUCAAAGACAUAUUUUAUACGUCAGAAAUAUCCGACCAUUGCAUUCCACUUCUGAUUUUAAUGAAAUUAUGUCGGAGCUCAUUAGGCUGACAGCAGGCUAAAUAAAUCUUAGGUUGAUUCCUGUCAGUACACACGGAAAAUAGAAAGAAAGAGCAGUGCCAAGAAUUAAACACUUUAUCACUCCACUAAUGAAAGUAGUCAAAAAAAAUCGGAUUAACACACAAAGUCCACGUUUUCCCCUCCUUGUGCAUUCCAGUCGGAGUCAGCAGACAGUAUAUUAACAUGGCUGCAGCUACCCACUGUUGUAAGGAGACUGGCUCCUAGCCAGGCCCCUGUCUGUCUCCUCCGGGCCCUAAAUCAGCCUCCGGGCCCCGUCGCCUCUCAGUCUCAGUCUGGCGGCCCCAGGGAGCCCCUGUCCCAGCCAAACCUGGGGGCUCUAGAUCAUUUACAAAAACAUUGUUUGUUUAAGAGUGAGAUAGGUGGAAUGUGCCCCUGUACAUACAUCAGGACAAUACAGUAAGAGCCAGAGCCUGGUGCAUGUUAAAGAAGAGAGCAGUGCCAUCGCAGGUGAUAACAAAAAGGUAAGUAGAUGAGCUGUGUGUGUGUGUGUGUGUGUGUGUGUGU